AUGGCACCAGUCCCCGGCGCACCUUGGACCGGCCCUUCCACAGCCGAUAUGCUCGCUACGCACACGCUGGCCCACAACGUCAUCACCCGCCAUGAUGACCCCUGUCCGGUUUUUGACGGAGCUGAACUCGCCUUCCUUCAGGCGUACCUGGCGAACCCGACGCCCGCUGCCGGUUCCCGCCUGCUCAAGGAGCACGGUAUGGUCGAUCACGAAGGCGAAGAAGUCGGGAGCGGCGUCAAACGGCAAGGCAGCCUUGUGGGGCAUGUUGUUUUGAGGGAAAUUGGGAGUGAGGUAGUGCUACAAGAUAGCGAGAAGGAAGCCUUGAGGGCAUGGUUUGAUGAUGGGAAGGCAGAUGAGAGAAUCCGAGACUGGAACGAGGGCAAGCAGACCUCGAGGCCAGAUAGGAUGGGAGGUAUUGGUGAUGACAUGACUUAG